AUGGCGUCGAGGUGCGCGGCAAAGCUUCCCCACUCACCGUGCACGGCGCCGCAGCAUGGCCGGGCGAGUUCGCGGGUCCCGGCACGGUCAGCGCAAUCGGCCGCGUCAAAUUUGCCGUGCGUUUUGGCACGAGGGCGUGCCGUCGCGUGCGCCUUCAGCUUCAGGCCAUGUAUCGACAUUCACAAGGCGAAAGUUAAACAGAUAGUUGGGUCUACCCUCCGGGAUGCAUCGGAUGAUGGCACGGCACUGGUGACGAACUUUGAAUCAGACAAGUCUCCAGCAGAAUUUGCGAAUAUUUACAAAGAAGAUGGACUUGUUGGUGGACAUGUUAUAAUGCUUGGCGGAGAUCCCGCAAGCCGUUCUACUGCCCUGGAAGCACUACAUGCAUAUCCUGGUGGUUUGCAAGUUGGAGGUGGAAUAAAUUUGGAGAAUGCAAUGUCAUACCUUAAUGAAGGGGCAAGUCACGUGAUUGUAACUUCGUAUGUGUUUAGUGAUGGCAAAAUGAACAUUGAAAGGCUGACGCAACUUGUUGAGCUUGUUGGGAAACGAAGGCUUAUUUUGGACCUUAGUUGUCGAAAAAAGGUAAGGAAUUCAUCUAGUGUAACUAGUUGA